AUGGCUUUCAUCCGUCUUUAUCAGCCAGAGGACUUUGACGCCGCGGCGGACAUCUGUCGUGCCACGCUCCCCCCGUCAUUGAGCCCGUUCCCUCACGCCUUGCGCCUGGCCCCCUACAUCUGGACCCACCCUUAUACGCUGCUGUCGUCCUCGACGUGCUACGUUCUUGACGAUGGCAAUGGGAGGGCAGUCGGCUACUGCAUCGGAUGUCCCGACGUGAAGGCCUUCGGGGCGGUGUAUGGACGAUACGUCAAAGAGGUGCUUGAGCCUUCGACAGAGGUCGAGGCACCGCGGUCUAGGGAUUUCAGGGAGCCGUGGGCCAUCAAUGGGGAGGUGAAUGAGCAGGCCCUGCUGCAGCUCGCGCAUGAUUUUGACAUGGCUGUUCUUCAGGGCAAGGAGAUCUUGUGGGAAACGCACCGGGCCACAAUGCACAUUGACCUGCUGGAGGAGUGGCAGGCCAAAGGGUGGGGGAGGAAGCUGGUCGAGGCAUUCGUGGAGAGCCUCAGAGAACAGAAAGGCUAUGAGCAGGGCAUCCACAUUGGGAUUGCUGGCGACAACGGCAAGGUCGUUGCGUUUUACGAGAAAGUUGGGUUCCGGCUGCAGCCGGGCGGGGAGAAGUGGGGGGGGUUUUGGAUGCUGAAGGACCUCGAGUGA